CGAAAAUAGUGGUAGAUUAAGAACAAUACUAGCAGUGCAGAGUCACUAAUACACUGUUCCAGUGAGAUCUGACUCUUAAAAUGGCGCGUCUUUCCUGGCCGCUCCAACACACUAAACUUUCCCACUUACACGCCAUCAACCACUUGACAAGUUGAUGCUACACUUGACUAGCCCAACAUCAACCACGUCCUCUUAAUUGUCAGAAUCAGUCUACAUAUACUCUGUUCAUGAUGUCCCUUCGCGAGGUCUACGUACCACCUGUACGUCAACCCGUCAUUCAGCCAGAGAACAACAACAACAACGACAACGGCAACAGGACCCCCUCCAUCAACAACACUACGACCAACAACAAUGGCGGUCGUAACAACGACGCCGACAAUGACGCCAAUGUCAUCAUCCAGUCCCCUAUCAGGCGCAGCAACAUCGUCAGCGCCGCAGCGACGAGCCACAACGUGAACCAGCCGGCGUGCAUCCCGGUCAAGCCGCGGCUGGGCUGCGCCCGCUCCACCUUUCCCACGCCAGACCAAAGGGUCCCCUACAGGUGCGCGGCGUGCGGCUUUACCUGGAGGUUCAGGUCCAACGACAAUCUGCGGUGCGUGAAGUGCGGUGGGGCGACCAUGUAUAAGCCGCGAGUUAAGCAGAUUGCGCAGUACUCGACGAACUAAGUGGAUAGAGGUCGAUGGGUGGGUGGUGUGGAGAAUAGGAUGGAUGAUCGGGCGGAUGGCCAGGCGGGUGGUCGAGCGGAUGGUCGACCUGUGGGAUCUGAUAACGGAGGGUCUUAGCACUGUAGGAGGACGAUACAAUCGAGGUGCUCCGUCGGAUUAGUUUUCC